UCCCCUUCACCCUUCAGUGUUCAGUAACCCGUGGAGAGAGGAAGCAGAACGCUGGCCGAGACCGUCCCCGUUAUGUAAACUCGGUGUUGUGCUGUGUUUGUGUUUGUUUUCUGCAUAUCGCGAUGGGCUGCGAGCUGGGAAAACUGACGAGGAUCAGCGGCAGCGGAAACUCCGAAGGCCGUGAACCUCCUCCCUCGGCACCGGCGCCCUCCGACCCGAGGCUGCCUCUCACCGCCAAACAGAAGUACUCGAUGGUCGCCUCCUGGAAAGGCAUCUCUAGGGCGAUGGAGCAGACCGGAGUCUUCAUGUUUAUCAAGUUGUUCGAAGAACACCAGGAACUCCUGGAUCUUUUUGCCAAGCUGAAAGAGCUUAGGACGAAGGAGGAACAGGAAAAGAGUCUGGAGCUGGCGGAGCACGCGACGAAAGUCAUGGCCACGCUCGACGAAGGCAUCAAAGAGCUGGACGAUUUGGAUACCUUUUUCACAUUUCUCACACAAAUCGGACAGACGCACAAAAAGAUACCGGGUUUUAAACCGGACUACUUUUGGAAAAUUGAAAAACCAUUCCUGGAAGCAGUGAAAAUGACCCUGGGAGACCGUUACUCCGAAAACGUCGAGUCAAUCUACAAAGUAACAAUAAAACUGAUAAUAGACACUCUCGUAAAAGGAUACAACUCGUGAGGCGG